GCGUACAACCCACGAGCCUUCGAUCUAUAUUAACCUAACAUAUCGUCUUCUCUAUCUCCGUACAUCAUCAUUAGGUACGUAACAUCAUGGUUCCACAAUACAAGACCGUGAACGAGAAAGACUCGACGGCUAAGCACAAGACCAACGGUCAUGGUGGUCGUAAUAAUAAUAAUCCUUACGUCCAAAUUUCUACUCCAACAUCGGCUUCUGAUAAGAGGUCGAAGGAUAAGUUUCUUGAGGUGUUGAAUCGGUGCGGGAAGAAAGUGGAAGAGGUGACUCGUAAGGCGGAAGCAUUAGCCGACGGUUUAAAAGAUCACCUGAAGUUUAGUCCAAGCAUAGGUGAUGCAGCAAUGGCUAGGCUUGCUCAAGGCACUAAAAUGUUCGUUGAAGGAGGACCAGAGAGGGUGUUUCAAAGAGAGUUUGGUCUCUUAGCCUCAGAGAAACUCUUAGAUUCGUUCGUUUGCUACAUAUCAACCACUUCAGGACCAGUGACCGGAAUGUUAUACAUUUCGAAUCGAAGGAUCACUUUCUGUAGCGAUUAUGCCAUCCGCCGUCCUUCUUCCGCCGGUGGAAGCGGUGUUCCGGCAUAUUACAAGGUGGUGAUGGAGAUGGAAAAGAUAAGGAGCAUUAAUUCAUCAUCGAAUGUGUUAAAGCCAAGCGAGAGGUAUGUGCAUGUGGUGACGCAAGAUGGGUUUGAGUUUUGGUUCAUGGGCUUCGUCUCCUAUGUCGAUGCUUUCAAUUGUCUCAACAAAGCUCGCCUCAAUUCCCAUAGUAAUUAUGCUAUGUAAUCAAAUUAUACAACUUUUAUUAUCACUAAACUAAUUAUAUAAAUGAUACAAUUCCCAUAUCUUUCUUUGUCUACUCAUAUAUAACUUGUAAGAAUUUGGGUCGUCAUGGACUUGAUCACGGUUGUUAUUAGAGUCAUUAGAGAUUAGUGUGUUAUCAGAUAUUUUGAUAUUGUAUGGUAUACGUGACUGAUCUAUUGUGUUCUGUAUCGAUAAACACUUUCACGAUAUGUAUAUAUGAUAUAUCCAUACUGCAACUCUAUGUCUAUCC